AUGAUAGUUUGGAAACUAUUGUUGGAAUUAAGGUAAGUCGAGAGAUUGAUGAGGUGGCCUAUAUAAGGAAUCUGGAAUACUAGAUUCCCUGAUUUAUACGUUUCAAAAUUUUCAAAUUUUGAAGAAAGCUUGAAUAAAAAUUGAUGGGCUGUUGGCAAACUCUUCUAAAAAUCUUUAGUCCCCCAUAAUUUUCUUCCAGGGAAACUCCUCCAGUUCAAAAACCUGUCCCUCUUCCUUUUCCGAAAUCGAUUUAUCCGGUGAUGUAAAUGGAAUCGCAUAUCAAUUUUCAAGUUCAAACUCAAGUUUUAGCUACCAAACUUGUCCUGAUGGAUAUAAACAAUUUACACGAACUCGUGGAAUUUGGUGUAUGAAACUAUACAAAUUUGACAACAAAACUAAAUAUGAUCUAUCUUAUUGUAACCAAUAUUCAGCAUAUCCAACAGGAUUCGAUAAUUCGGAUGAAGUUGUGUAUAUAACAUCAGAAAUUGUAUCAAAUUCCAUGUUAAAAAUGGAUGUUGCAAUUGAUGGAAGUAGAAAAUCAAGCUGUUAUAACUCAACAAUAGUUUGGUGUGAUGAUUAUGAAUGGUCUAAUGACUAUACAAAUUAUCCGACUUAUAUUAACUGGACAGCUUCAAGCCCGUCUAGAUGGAUUACAACAACUCAGGAAAAUAAGCUAGCAAUUCGGAUUGAUGCUGAAACUAAUUUAGUUGAUAUUUGUAAUGAUAUCGCAGCAAUUGCUAAUGUUUAUGGUUUUGUAUGUGGGGCCCCGUUGGGAAACUGGGAACAAUAA